AUGUCAGAUACAGUAACGGAUGUGCAGCAGGCAUUAAGUUGUAUCUCCUCAAAUGCAUCUCAAACAUUAAAAAACGAUGCACUGCAUUAUCUAGAAAGGUUUCAAAGAUCUGUAGAAGCGUGGGAAAUAUGUAAUCAAAUUUUGACAAGAAAUGAUCCUUCUUUAUUAGAGUUACAGGUUUUCGCUGUUCAAACCAUUAGAAAUAAAGUUACCUAUGAUCUUUCUCAGUUAGAAAGCUCUGGUGAUGCAACCCUGGCUCAAUUGAAAGAUUCUUUGCUAGUUUUACUGACUAUCCACACUUCCAAGCCAAUUCUCACACAACUAAAUGUGACAGUCGCAAGAUUAGCUAUUCAAUUCAUCAAUUGGAAGAAUCCAAUGAUAGAAAUUGUUUCCUAUCUAAACCCUUACCCUGGAAUCCUUUUAAAUUUCCUUAGGAUUUUACCGGAAGAAACAAUGAAUAUGGGUUCUCUACCCCUUACAGAAGAAGAAUAUAAUUCACGUACCCACGAGUUGAUCAGCUCUAUUGCUCAAGAUGUCCUAUCAUUUUUAAUCAAGUGCACUGGUAUCGUUAAGACGCAACCAACAAAUGAUAUUUCUGUGGCAAAUAUUCUUCGUUGUUUCAACUCUUGGUCGUUUGAAUUUCCAAUUCAGGAAGUAUUAGCGGUAGGACCUGUGAUAGAAUUGUUGUUCCAAGUAUUAUUAACGGAAUCUGAUGAUAUAGAUGCAUUUGAUGCAGCAGUGGAGUGUUUGUGUGUCAUAUUAAAGGAAAGUAGGGAAGCUCCUAAUGAGCAGUUGGUUUUUUCAUUAUUAGAACAAAUACUUAAUAUCCAAUCGAAAUUGCUUCCAAGUAUACUUACAGUUGAUAGAUCUAAGGUGGAAAAUGAGCUGGACCCUGAUUUAUUAGAAAGCGUAACGAGAAUAUUUGCAGAGGCAUGUGAGGCAUGGACUGUGUUUAUAUCUAAGUCUCCUGAAACGUUUCAACCUUUGGUUAUGGUUCUUUUAGCUUUGGCUUGCAAAAAUCCAGAUCUAGAUAUUGUUUCUUACACAUUUCCAGUUUGGUUUGGUUUAAAGCAGAAUUUAGUUUUACCAAGAUAUCAGCAUGCACGAAAGUUGUACUCCGUGAUAUUUAUCGAACUUAUUAACGGAAUCAUAGUGCAUCUUGAAUACCCUGUUGAUGGUUUUUCAUCUAAAGAAAAUGAAGAUAAAUUUAAAGAUUUCCGAUACACCAUGGGUGAUGUUUUGAAAGAUUGUACGGCUGUUGUGGGUACAGUUAAUGCUCUUACCCAACCUUUGACUAAAAUCAAGGAAUCAAUAGUAAAUGGACAAGUACAAAGCUGGGAAAAAUUAGAGGCUCCUCUAUUUUCUUUGAGAACAAUGGCGCAAGAGAUAUCCCUAACAGAGAACAAGAUUCUUCCAGAAAUUUUCCAAAUUUUGUGCAAUCUUCCUGAACUACAUCCAAAAAUUAGAUAUGCAACAACAUUGGUAUUUGGUCGUUACACGGAAUGGACUUCGAAGAAUCCGGCUACUUUGGAAAUUCAAUUACAAUAUAUUUUUAAUGGGUUUGAAAAAGUACAAUCGGCUCAAAAUACUGCAAGUGAAGAUGUCAAAGAUAUUGUGACUGCUUCUUCACACUCUCUGAUGUACUUCUGUACUGAUUGUUCUAAAUUAUUAAGUAACUACCUUGAUCAACUUAUCACAUUCUAUUUCAGUAUUCAAGAUAUAAUAUCGGAUGACAUUGAGUCACAGUUUGAAUUGUGUCAAGGGUUAAGCUCUGUUAUUAAUCAACAGCCACCGGAAACUAUUAAUGUUUCAUUUGCUAAGUUAAUUGAUGACAACUUAUCAAAAUUGGAAAUUCUUGUUAAAGAUUGGAAUGAAAGCGGUAAAGAUUCAACUGGUAGUCGUACCAUUGCUAAUAAAAUCGAUUUAUUUUUUGCGUUAUUUGAAGAUCUAAAACCUCGUCAUUCAUACCCAUCUGAAGGGGUCGAACCGUUGCUUCCUGAAAUUCGCAAAUUAUGGUUAUAUUUGAAGCAUAUUUUGGUCGAUUAUAACGCUAUUGGUGAUUCGAUUAUCGUAGAGAGAAUUUGCAAAUUUUUGAGAAGGUUAUUUGAAAAAUUCCAUGUAUUCUGUGAAGCUUUGUUAGGUGAUAUUGCGGAAUUACUAGUUAAAGGAUAUUCAUCAACCGGUCUCGGGUCCUUCUUAUGGUGUUCUGGGUCCAUUAUAGUCAUUUUUGGUGAUGAUGACACCUAUCCUGUCCCACCUGAAAUAAAGGAAAGUGUUUGGCAAUUCUCCUUAUCGCAAUGUGGUACCUUUGUUACAAAGUUCAAAAAAAUGGAUACGACUCAAAUAAACAAAUAUUACGAUAUUGUCAUGGAUUUCUUUGCAAUGGUGUCUGAUUUAGUUAUGUUUUAUCCAAAGCAAUUUAUUCUAACUACAGACUUACUAACUAGUAUUGUUGAUGUUGCGCUAAUUUGUGUAAAUAAAUUGGAGAAUUUUGAUGCAUAUUUGUAUAUCAUCCGUUGUCUGGACGAUAUCAUAUCAUGGGGUUUCCCCUCUCCCCCGAUUUCCAUUGUUACGUUGGACUAUGUUCCAAUAGAAUGGAGAAACCAAAUUAUUAAUGAAGUUAUUGUUAGAAAGGGUACAGAUAUUGUCCUAGUAUUAAUGACUGGAUUAGUUAGCAACUUUGAUUCCAAUUGUCAUUCUGAUGCCAUUAGUUGUGUCGUAAAAUGCUUUAGAUUAGCAACUGAAGCUAAUAACAAUGAUCCAUCCAUCUGUACUCAAUGGAUUAUUGAAGUCACGGGUCAGCUAUCACAUGUUGGUACGAAUGAAAGAGAAAAUUUGGUAAAUUCUACGAUAUCAGGUCUAAACAAACAAGAUUAUAGAAAAGUAAGUGAAGGUAUUAGAAGCUUCGUCGAAUGGUACAUAAAAAAGAAUGUAUCGCCAAGAAUAGAUUAA